UCUCUCCAGUGUCCACUCUUUAAUCUUCAGUAGGGCCCUUUAUUUCACUUCUCUCCCUCUUUAUUACAUCUUCUUCUCCUCCCCAUUUCACUCCCUCACUUUCCCCACACAUGUCCGGCGAUUUCUCCUCCGACCACCGUCACCACCACUUCAUGGACAAAGAAAACCUCUUCAACUUACCCCACAACCGCUACGAUGAGGAUACCACCGGAUUAACCCGUCGUUUCUCUCGAUCAGUUUCUUUACAAGAACCCCUUUCCAAUUUCAAAAUCUCGCCGGAGACAACUUUUGGCUGGUCGGGUCAUUCUCCGGCGCCGUCGGAUGAAGAUGCAUGGAAUCUGAUCUAUGCUGCAGCAGGACAAGUGGCAAGAAUGAAGAUGAGGAUGAACAUUAGCGACGGUGACACUGGGUUCGUCGCUAAACACAACGACAGAGGUGUGAUCGGAGAUUCAUGGCGGAGGAGUGACAGAGAAGAGUUGUUCCGACAGCAGCAUUUUCGUCGGAAUAUAUGUGUUGCUGCAUGGGGUCCACCACAAGUUCAGAACCAACGUUACGAACAAAACUACUUGAAGCGAGUUGGUGGUGGUGGUGGUGCGGUGGCGAAGAGGGAGUGCGCCGGAACUGGUGUGUUUUUGCCCCGUGGUUACGGUACGAACCCACCUGAAACUAGAAAACGACAAGCUUGUCCAAUUGUCAAUUCGCCAGCUAGAAUGAUUGAAUCUUCCACAGCACCACCUCAAAUUCAAUCUUCAAACUAUGAAAUGUUGAUGACCCGAAGGAAAGCCAUGAUUUUAGGUGCUCAGCAGCAGCCGCGGCGGCUAAGUAACAGCCACGGCGGCGUUAUGGACAACCCUGAGGUGCUUCUCCCUCAAGAGUGGACCUACUGAUGCCAGCCAUUGUUUACGGUUGAAGAUGAUGUUAGAUAGAAGAAGCAAAUGAAUAUAUAAUAUUAGGUAGGGAUAUGAUUUUGUUUGAUGUUGGUCAUAUCCAAGGACAAAGAUGAAAAUAAAUGGAAAAAGGUAUCCAUGUACUUUUUUUUUGUUCAAAAUUCCUUUUGUUUGGAGUAGCUAUUGUAUCUUCUGCAUCAACUAGUUGUACAUUAUGUGCAAAAGGCCACAUUAAAUACUUGUGCAUCAAGUAGUUGUAUGUUAUUUGGAAGCCCUUGUGUCUUUGUGCA